GCGCGAAGAAGGACGUUUCUUGAGGAACGCCCCCUGGGCAUUGAACCGCCUAGGGAAGUACCGGGUGGGAUAGAGGCUAGGUAAAGGAAUAAGCGAUGGAGGAAGAAAUCGAGGAUCAGCAGGGCAAAGGGAGUCAGGGUACGAAAGGGGAUGGGGAACGAAACGAGGGAUCAGCGAGGGACCGAGAGUCAGCCAAACCGGAGGGAACCCGAGAAGACGGGAAGGAUUUCUCAACAGGAGAAAGCUCGGGGAAAGCUGGGGGUAGAAAAAGGGGAUCUCAGGAAAAUAGGGAAGAGGGAAACGAGAUGAGAGCGAGCCCUCAGAGCUCAGCGGGAGUCACCCCCAAAAAGACGAAGGUCUUGGACACCCGCCGUAAGCUGGCAGAAAUAGAAAAGCGUACUGUAGAAUUUAAAGCAAGACUUAUUGAGCAGAUGAUGGCUGGAGACGAGGAGGAUCUCCAGGGCUUGGGAUCAGGGGAAGGACGCAGGGCCAGUCAGGACGAGGUCAGGUAUGAAGGGAAGGAUAACAAUCAUAGGGAAACGCCUAAUGCAAAGAAGAAACUCACGUUCGAUGGGGCCAACAUUACGGAGUUUCUAAUAGAUUAUGAGAACCUAGCAGCCUUACUGAAGUGGACGGAAGAGGAAAAAAUGGAGCACCUAGGGCAGCACGUGUCGCUAAGCUUGGGAAGGGACAUUAUAGCCAUCGUCGCCUCCAAUGGAUCCUGGAAAGAGACCAGGAAUGAGAUGAUGAGGAAAUACCUGAAGGCAGAGAAAAUGGCAACAGAGGCCGAACUAGCCGCAGUCCAGAGGAAAAACUAUGCGACUUACAACGAUUUCCUGAGGGCAUUCACGUUAGUGGCUCUGCGAAUUCCCGGGGUAACGGACCGCAUAAUGAGUAAAUACUUCCUCAGGCAGUUCUCCGAGUUUGAUAAAGAUAAGAUUUUGUCAGCAUACCAGCAGACCAGUAAGUUCGAGUACACGAGAGAUGUGGACUUCAGCACCGUAACAGACCUCGCGGAAAAGACAGUGGUCACCGAGACACUAGCCCUGCUCAAGGAAGGAGAAGUUAUAGAUCUGAUUGGGAAGACGGGGGAUAAGGUCAAGAAAGGGAUAGAAAGCUUGCACGAGCGAGUGCAUGGGGUUGACAGCAAGAUGGAAAGAAUGGAAAAUGCACUGUUAGUAAUGCAGGCGCAAGUGUCCAGACCCGCCCUCCCGCCCCAAAAGGCCGUGGUUCCGGCAGCCGUAGCAAACCGGGGAUUUGGCAGAAGGGACCCGACCAACGAACAAUGCAAGUAUUGCAUCAUGAUCGGGAAUUUCGUACGGGCCUGCCCGAGACUCAAUCACGAUAUUGAGCGGCAGAGGUGCAGUAGGUCCCUCAAAGGCGAGAUCCUCGGACCCCGAGGGGAGCGUGUCAAUUGGAACUCGCCAGGAGGGAUGCGGCGAGUCGUCAUUCUCAUGAACAACCUAGAAAUAGCUGCCGUAGAAGCAGAACCGAUAGCCGAGAUUGCCUGGAACCAGCCAAGGGGACGGGGGCCACAGGCCAAUUUUAUCCUAGAAGGCAAUAGCCAGGACAGGGUAAACAUCACCACUCGCCGGGCCGACGCAGAAAAGAAGCUUGUUCAAGAUACAGUAAUGGAAGAAAUCGCAGGGACUAGCACGGGCCAGCAAGAGACCGAAGCCGGGGAUCAAGAGAAGGUCUAUGGGAAGCCGAGAGAGGAGGAGCCAGUAGACAAGGAUACGGUGGCAAAAAGAAGUUCAGGUAUCAAAUUCCGAUCCUAACUUCGCCAGAAAUCGACGGCACCUUGAGUAAGCUACUGGGUACCAUGGUAUCCGUGUCCUUUCAGA